CUCCUUCUGGAUGUUGUAGUCGGCAAGGGUGCGGCCAUCCUCGAGUUGCUUUCCGGCGAAGAUCAGGCGCUGCUGGUCCGGGGGAAUGCCCUCCUUGUCCUGGAUCUUGGCCUUGACAUUGUCUGUCCAUGCUUGUCAGCCCAAGUUCCCUUUCAAGCUAACGUCUCUGCGAGCGUUGCAUGCGAUGCGUUGCGCUGCGGUCGUCUUAUCGAUCGAGGACAUGCGUACCGAUGGUGUCAGAGGACUCGACCUCGAGGGUAA